AUGUCACUUAAAACAGUAGUCGUUGUCGGUGCAACUGGUCUGCAAGGAAGGUCUGUGGUUGCUGAGUUUCUCAAGUAUCCCAACGAUUACCGCGUCAGGGGCCUUACUCGUGAUCCCUCUAAGCCUGCUGCCUUGGCUCUAUCUGCUAAUGGUGUCGAUGUCCAAGCUGCGGACCUCAAUGCUGGUCAAGAAGCUUUAGAAAAAGUAUUCGAAGGAGCUAACAUCAUAUUUGCUCUGACUGAUUUCUGGGCUCCGGGAUCCAAAGUCAUAGAGAUUGCCCAGGGGAAAGCUUUAGCUGAUGCCGCAGCCGCGAUUCCUAGCCUAAAGCACUUUGUGUGGAGUGCUCUUCCUGACCCAAUGGAGGUUUCACAAGGGCGAUUUUAUCAUGUGCACCACUGGAAGAGCAAGGCUGAUGUAACAGAUUACAUCAAGACAAAAAAGCCUGAUCUGUGGAAGAAGACGACAACUGUCCUGUUUCCGAAUUAUUUCGAAAAUUGCCUAACAUACCCCAGUAAUUAUUUGCCGAAACAGGUUUCAGGAAAGCUUAUACGCGAAUUUCCUCUCAGUUCUAAAACAAAUUUGCCAAAUGUGGCGAUUUCAGAUACAGGCAAGCUCGUCCAUGCAGUUGUCGAGAAUCGGAAGAGCUACUUGGAGAAGGCAAUCGCAUUUUAUGCGCAAGCGUUAUCGGAAGGCGAAAAGCUAGCACAACUGGCUAAAGAACUUGGCGUUACAUUCGAAUACCGAAAAUCCACUCCAGGGCAGUUUCAACAACGGCUUGAGGAUGCCGGCAUGAUUCCCGAGCUAGCGUUGGACUUUACAGAGCAACUUUUGAUAUUUGAGUACUUUGGAAACAUAUAUGCGAGCCACGAUUUUGUCCAAGCUACGGAGAUUCCCGGCCUAUCUUUGAAGACGUGGGAAGAGUUUAUUCAAGAAAAUAAAGAAGAACUACCAGCCAAGAUUGCAUCGGCAAAUGCGCCCUCUCCCUAG